UUUAGAUGCCUGUCUUAGAUGUCAAGCUGAAAACAAACAAGAAGAUUGUGUUGUGGUUUGGGGAGAAUGCAAUCAUUCCUUCCACAAUUGCUGCAUGUCCUUGUGGGUGAAACAGAAUAAUCGCUGUCCCCUCUGCCAGCAGGACUGGGUAGUCCAGCGAAUAGGCAAAUAAAAACACUGGCUGGAAGUUGUGGGUUUUUUCUGUUGAACUUGUUGAAACAGUGUAUAUCUUAUGCCUUGUGCUCAUGGAAAAGAAUGGAACAUGUCAAUGGUGGCAUGAUUUAUUUGGCUUAUCUGCUACAAGAGCGGUGUGGUUUUGUUGUAUGCUCUUUGCUGUACAAGGCGGCAAUGGUCAGUCUCACUGCACGUGUUUCCACAACUGAAGAAAAGAGAGACACUACGUUAAAAAAUGUAUCUGUUACGAUUUGAUUGUCAACUGUAUCAGAACAUAGAAAUGUGGUGGCGCAAACUAUACCCUAAAUACAGUUUAUUUAAUGUUUUUGCAUAGAUAAAUUAAUUAAUUUGAAAGGAUGAUCUUACUGUCUGAUAUGCUGCAUAGUUUAGUGUCAGGACAAAGAAAUUGUUUUCUAAGUAAUAGCAUUUACCAAAACACAGCCGGUAAGUCUUUCAGAAAAGACUCUGUUUUAUUUAAUCAAAAAUGAAUUGUGGAGCAUUUGCUAUGUGCUUUUUCCAUCACACUGUACUAAAUAUUUCUAAUUUGGGUUUUCUUUUUGACUUUAGACAAUUUUGUUUUGUUGUAUUUCUAAGUCUGUUGCUGUAUUAUAUUCUAUACAUGAUUCCUACAACCAUAGUAUUAAAACUUAACCACAUUAAUAAUUAUGUUAAUUUAUAUUUCUGUUAAAGAUCAUGGAGACAUGUAUUUUUAAUCCAGAGACUUUUGGUACAAAGACAUGUAUUUGCUAUCGCUUAACUAGUGGCAGAAACAAUCUUGCUGAUUAGCUGACUAAUACAGAAGGCCAACAUCCCAAGGAAGCAGGUAUUAGGGAAAAAUGUUAAAUUGUGGUUUCAUGAAAAUUCAGUUAAUAGAAAUUUCUUUAUCCUCAUUUUAUUGGUUACGGUGUUUUGGGAGAAAACACUGUUUCAUUUUUGUGGAAAUCCAUGAUAUAUCAUCAUUUUAUAUGAAUCGUGUGAUUCUUUUUUUUUUUUUUCUUACAGAUAUUUAAGUGCUUGCCUCUGACUUUGUCUUUUCCCUAAAUAUCCAAAAUAAUUACUAUUAAUCUGGACAUGUGUUGUGGGUUUUUUUUCAAUAUAUGUAAUAGAGAGGUUGAAUUACUGCUUUAAGUCUGUAGCAAAUUCAGACUUAAUAAAAUGGUUAAUAAACCUGGGUGAAAUUGAAGCAAUAUUUUAUGCAUGUCAUUGUUUUCUUCAAAAUUAUUACCUUAAAUGUUUAAUGCAUUUCUCAGCAGAUGUAUUUCUAUCUAGUUCUGUUUAUUUUAAGUGUAUUUAAAAAGGUUUAUCUUCACUGUAUAAAGUAGUUCCAAUGGCAACCUUUGUGUCAACAAGCAUGCAUGGGGAGUUUACUGUGUUUUUGUUUAAUACUUGUAAUCUUGUUUUUAAAUGUUUUGAAUUUUUUAAAUAUAGCUUUUUUCUCAUUACACACCAAGUUAAAAAUAAUCCUCUCUCUUACACUGUAUCACAUCAGUUGUUGUCUGUCUUAAAAGCAAAUAUAAAAUAGGUUAACAGUAUUAAUGAAGUGCCUAUGGCAUUUACAUUGCAGUGGAGUAUUUCUGUUUGUGUAAAAGAAUUCAUCCUAAAAUGAAUGCAGAUGUGGAAAUGAUUUUUAGCUGUCACAUUUAAACUAUAUCUUAUCUACCACCUAUUUUCUCUGUCCCAGGCUCCAUCCCUCUAAUCUCUUUUAAUUCCAUCUAGUCCCAUUGGAGGACUUCUUCCUACAUUUUGCUUUGGUUUAUAGGUGAAUAUGGAAAGUAUCAAAGUAAUUUUCACCUUGCUUUCAGUUCGUGUCACGUGCAUGAUAAGAGUAGCUGAAAUUGUAAUUGCAGAUAAGUUUUUCCAAAGUGUCAGCUCAAACAGGUGUUAACACACAUGAGGUAUUCUGAAAGUUAAUGUUGAAGUCAAAGCAACUGGUAUUUGUGUAUAUCUGUUUGUGUAUUAUAAGUAUCUUCUGGGCCAGCAAUUACAGGUUCACCUAGAACAUAAGGUAAUGGAUUUCAAGUCCUGUGUAUUUUCCCUGUGAUUUAGCUUAUGUCCCAGUCUUUCCGUGAGAAAUUUUCAGAGAAAUUUUCUUCUGUUCCAAAUCAUACCCUGAUAUUCUAUUAGUAUAGUUCUUAUUGAAUACCCAUUUUUAGUCCUGAAUUUGUUCACCUCUUGUACACACAAAAUAAAUCCGUUUUGCUUCUCACCUGAACAUAGUUUUAUGAGUCUGUAACACUAACUUAAAUAGCUAUUAUCAACUAAUAGAUUAGUGCUGAUCUACUCUUCUCCACUGUUUAAUAAAUGCUGGGCAGAUUUGGACAAUUCAGCAAAUCUGGCUAGAGUCUUCUCUCAAAAGGGACUGCAGUAAUGAAUAUGUGUCCAAAGAUAAUAUUGUUUCACUUUGCUUUUUACAAAGUUAUGUUCUUUUAGAGGAAAUUUAUGCUCCAUAGAAAUCUGGAAAGAUUCUAAUUAACAGAGCAGAAUGAUUUUUUGGACCUGUGAAUCUUUCUUAUGCAGGUACUAUAAACAUUAGAUAUUUUCUUGAUUUGCUUAGACGUAAAUAUAUCAAUAGCUGGUAUAAGCUUGAGUUCACUGUUAGAUGCCCAAUGACCAGCCGUUUGUACUGCUACUGUUUGAGCUGUGGUGGCAUGCUUGCUAAAUGUGGAAAAAAAAAAAAAAGACCCAGCUGAACUUUAGGACCUGAAAUUAAAGCUCUCAUUACCUCCUUUCUUGGCUUUCUGUACCCAGAGUACUAUAGGAAUAUGUUGCUGUGGGCACCAUUUUCAGGAAAGCCACCAGUGGAAUUCUGCAUUUAUUCUUUUGAUUUUUUUCAGUUCUGCUGAGGCUGCUGGCUGCGUUAUUUAGCCCUUUAUGUAACCACCUCCUGCCCCGUGCUUGCCUUCACCUGGCAGAAUUAGUGAUGGCUCCACAAGCAAGACUCCCAAAUACUCUGCUUUAGGGUACACCGCGUUCUCAUGCACACAGAGCGGUUUGCGAUGCAACUCUCAAUCACAGCUAGAAAAACGUGCCUCUAAUGUCAUUUUGUAGAGCAUAAGCAUGAGUUAUAUGUCAAAUGGAUUCAAUGCAGACAGGAUUACGCAUGUGAAAACAAAUUACUACAUAGUAGUAGAGUGACAAAAAGCAGCCAAGAAGGGCUUAGCUGUUACUGUAGAGAGUCUGAGAGAUGCCUGUUGUUGCUUCUCAUGUUUAGUGCUUGGGAUUCAGCUCUUCAGCUUGCUCUAAGACUGAAAAGAGAGAAAAGGAAACUUGACCUUGACCUCAGGAGUACUGCUUGACCCCACUGCUACUGGAAGAUUUAUGGAAACGCUUUUCCUGUUCCCAUAAUACCUUCCUUAUAUUUAAGGAAAGUUUUAGCAGCCAAAUCACGUGACCCCACAGUAGACAGGGGCUUAGCCUAGUAAGUGCCACACAUGAUUUUUAUUCUUUUGGGGAAAAAGUGGGGCACAGGCUUCCUGGUAGGCAGCCAGUGAGUGAAGUCAGGCAGUUCACUUGUUUAUAAUCAGCUUUGUCCCUUUAUUGAUGCCACCUCAGCCAUACACUGUUGCCACCAUCUCAUCUUGCCACUUACUGUCAUAAAGCCACGCAGGGAAAAUAAACUGAGGCCACAGUAGUUUACGGAAGUGUCUUGGCAAGAUUUGGCUGGUCAUUUGAAGUGUUUUUGCUUUUUCUGUGGGUAGGAGAUGAAGUCAGAGCUACGUGUUGUUUUGUAUAUAGGGAUCAUUAUUUUUAGACCAGCAGCAGGUCUUAGCCUCUGCACAUAAUCCUCUCAGACAGAGCCACAUGAAGCAUCAAGGUUUGCAUGAAGUGUCUGUAGAGCUCAGUCGCUGGUGUUGAGUAUGACUUGAGUUUUGGAAGGAUGGAUGCUCAAAGCACUGAAUUAUGUGAUAAUUUAAAUCUCAAUGACGUGUUUGUGUCAGCUUCUGUUUCAGGCAUGGCAGAUUUGUGAUAAAAGCUUUGUAUAAAACCAGAUCCCAACUUAAAUAAUUCUUAGUACAUUGGUGUUCUCUGUGUCAAGUAAGGGAGACAGGAGGCUGUCCUGUUAACUGUGGCCAGGGCGUCACUGAGUUUGGAGUGUGCAUGUACUGCAGACAGGAAUCUGCAUGUGCUCAGGAGCCAGGGACAGUGCAUAUAGAGGGAAUCUCAGUACAUGACAGUGCAUAUAGAAGGAAUCUAUAUUUAGAUUUAAAUUGUGAAAAACACCAGCUGAACUGCGCGCGUGUGGUGCUGCCAGUGAGAAGGUUUGCCGAGGAUGUCAUCCCGCGGCUAUACAUAGCAAACUCAAAGCUCCUUACAGAGAAACCUCUUACCAGUCACUUUCCACAAAUGGUGCAUAUACCUAAAGGUACUUAGUGAAAAUCCUUGAGAGGUAUUUAAUGCAAAAGCAGUUAGUCUCUCUGGUGUUUUUCAGAGGCAGCCACACACCGCUAGCAGGGAGAAGUGCAGGGCAGCUACAGCACAGCACUUGGGCCAGUUACUCAUUUUGUCUCAACCAGGCUCUGCCACCCCAAGACCUUGCCAGGAUGUGUGACAUGGGGGGGCUCGAUAACCUGAUUGCCAACACAGCCUAUCUGCAGGCAAGGAAGAGUGGAGAUGGAGACACCAAGGAGAUGCAAAAGAGACGUAAGAGCCUCUCACUGCCCAAGAUUGAUCAAUGCGCCGAGGUUAGACAGUCCAUUGUUGCUGAUUAUGACAGCAUCUGUGAGCAGCAGCCCGUUGGCAAGAAGUUCUUCAGAGACUUCUUAGAGACAGUGCCAGAAUAUUUGGUAGCUAGGGACUUCCUGGAUGAGGUGUCAAACUGGGAACUGGCAGAGGACAAUAUCAAGAACAGUACCAUGGAGAAUAUGAUCACCAAUUUUCUUAAGACAGGCUCCAAAAACUAUCUGGCUUAUAUGAGCUCUGAUGUGGCGAGCAAAUGCCAAGCAGCUACUGCAAAAGACUAUGAGAAUGUCAUGCAGCUGGCAAAGGAAGAAACCAAACUCUUCCUUAAAGACAAGCCCUUCCAGGACUUUCAGACCAGCCCCUUCUAUGACAAAUUCCUCCAAUGGAAAGUUUUUGAGAAGCAGCCGGUAACUGAGAAAUACUUCUAUGAGUUCCGAGUGCUGGGCAAAGGUGGCUUUGGAGAGGUUUGUGCCAUCCAGGUGAAAAAUACUGGCAAGAUGUAUGCCUGCAAGAAACUGGAUAAGAAGAGGCUGAAAAAGAAAGGUGGAGAGAAGAUGGCGCUACUGGAGAAAGAGAUCCUGGAGAAGGUCAACAGCCCUUUCAUAGUCACACUAGCUUAUGCCUAUGAGAGCAAAACCCAUCUAUGUCUUGUCAUGAGCCUCAUGAAUGGAGGGGAUUUGAAGUAUCACAUCUACAAUGUGGGAGAAAGGGGUUUGGAAAUGAACAGGGUCAUCUAUUACUCAGCUCAGAUCACCUGUGGGAUUCUGCAUCUCCAUUCCAUCAAGAUCGUGUACCGGGACAUGAAACCAGAAAAUGUCCUCCUGGAUGAUAACGGUAAUUGCAGACUGUCUGAUCUUGGAUUGGCAGUGCAAGUCAAAGAGGGAAAAAGCAUCACUCAAAGGGCUGGGACAAAUGGUUAUAUGGCUCCAGAAAUCCUGAAGGAAGAAGAUUACAGCUAUCCUGUUGACUGGUUUGCUAUGGGAUGUAGUAUUUAUGAGAUGAUUGCUGGGCGAACGCCAUUCAAGGAUUUCAAAGAAAAGGUCGGUAAGGAUGAGGUUAAAAGAAGAACUCUGGAAGAUGAGGUGAAAUUUGAACACGCCAAGUUUACAGAGGAAGCGAAAGAUAUUUGCCGGCUGUUUUUGGCUAAGAAAACAGAAAAUCGUUUAGGAAGCAGAAAUGAAAAUGAUGACCCAAGAAAACAUAGUUUCUUCAAAACAAUAAAUUUCCACAGGCUAGAGGCAAACCUUAUCGACCCUCCGUUUGUGCCAGAUCCAUCAGUUGUCUAUGCCAAAGAUCUUGCAGACAUUGCUGACUUCUCUGAAAUACGAGGAAUUGAGUUUGAUGACAAAGAUAAGAAGUUCUUCAAAAAGUUCGCGACAGGUGCUGUCCCUAUAGCCUGGCAGGAAGAAAUUAUUGAAACAGGACUGUUUGAAGAACUGAAUGAUCCUAACAGAGUAGAUUCCGGGGGAUACGCAAAUGGAGGUGAAGCUAAGUCAGGUGUUUGUUUGUUGUUGUAAAUAUCACACCAUUAACAAAAAGUGUAGAAACCAGCUCAGAACUUCCCAUAUUCUGACACUGUUUCAGAAACUCAGUGCGACUGUUUAAGAAGAACCCAUCAGUGUAAUAUGACAUUGACAGGCUAUGUAGGACCACCAGCUGUAUAAACUAUAUUAUUUUCCUUUGCUGUAGCAAAGGAGAUAAUAUUUUUGUUUUAUUGGAGGUUUAUCAAGAUGAAGAACCAUAUUUCUCUAAGAAACAUAGAAUGAUAGAAAUUCUGAAAUACAAAGAGCAAUAAUAGAGUGAAGAGGCAACACCUUUUGAAAAUGACUGAUUACCAUUUUGAAUACAAUCGCUUCUGGUUUUCUUUCAAUUUUCUUGUUAUUUCUACUAACGUUUCCUCUUUGUUCUACAGUUUCCAGGAAAGAUUUUUUUAAUUUUCAAGUAAUAUUCUCAGUUAGACAAUGGAGCUCAUACACUAUGUCAAACUUGGAAUUUUAUUGGUUAGCCAGUCUGUCUGUUGUUUUCUUAAUUUCUCUUAGUUUUUGAAUGGUUUGAUUGUAAUAUGUUCAAAUUGUCAUAAAAUGUAAAAAGGCUCUACAUAUCCCUAGGAAAUAGGACCAACAGGAUCAAACUCUUUUCACAGUUGAUUUUAACAAAGUGAAGAUAAGAUUGCACCAAACGAAUUUAAUAAAGCAUUUAUUUAUUAUUAUUACGUGUAUUCUUUUAAGUGAUAAUACCAUAUACAAAGAAAAUGUAUUUAUAAGUUCUUUUUGACAAUCAAUUUUAAACUUUUAUCAAGUUUCCUGAUAAUUUUUCUGUAUUUCUGUGAUAAAUUAAGCUACGAAUAGACCAAAGCAAUCUGUAACUGGCUUUUUAGAAGACAUUUAUUUCAAUGCAAUAUAAAUUUUAAUUCAGUAGUUGCAAAAUACAUUAUACUAUUAAGUGCUGUAAUGCUGGAAAGGUUAAAUGUGCAAGCUGAACACUAUCUUCAAAUGUCCAUUGAUUCUCUUUUAAAUUUUGAUGUGUUUUAUUUUUCAAUUUUAUGACAACCUGAAUUGAAUUAGUUGGAAAAUUUCUGCGAAUGCUUGCUACUGCUGAAGUGUAUUACUUGAGAGAUGCAUCCUAGUGAUUUUCGCUGGUAAGGAAAUAGGUGGCAGUUGUUUGCAACUUUUAAAACUGACUCUGUGUGCUGUUAACUGUCAUCUGUCUAACCAUAAUUUCCAUUGACUAAAGUGGAAGUUGAAACUGCUCCAUUCCUUGGAGUCCUGGGGGCUACUAAUACCGCAUUUCCUAUUUUUCAUAGAGCAAACCUCCUGCUGAACUCAAAGAGUUCUUUUAUAUAGGUGCUGGGAUUGAACUCACACAUCUGUUAUAAAAGAGGAAAACCAAUACACAUGAUGUUUUCUAUAGUUGGGUCUAUCAUGUUCAACACAUAGCGUUAGUCUUUACUUAUCAUCUAAUAGCUCAUCCCAAACAUUACAGUAAUCAAAAACUCUUUAGUUUUAAAUACCUCAAGUGAUUUAGUCACAGCUAAGUAAUACAUUGGUAAUACAUUGUGGUGUUCUAACUAGAAAAAGGAUUGUUCCUUUUUUUUUUUCCUUUUAAAUUUGCUUGUUCGGUGCUUUUGAUACUUAGUGUUCAAGUGAAAAUUAUGAAGCACAGUGUUACUUAGGAUUUAGUGGAUAAUUCUGUUCAUGAAUUACGAGCAUAUAAUUGUCUGCCUUUUGAGGGGAGACUUUCUGUCAAAUAGUUUAAAACAAUAGAAGCCCAAGUCAGAAUUCAGUUUAUAAUUGACAAGGAUGAUCCUGAAAGAUUGUGAAAAGGAGAGGAGGUUGAGAGGAAAGAGAGUCAUGUGGUUCUGUCACAGGUUUAAGAGAAUGCUUCCACUGCUGACAUCCAGUGAUUUCAUUUCUCUUUGCUUCCAUCUGCAGAAAACUCUCACAGUGAAAGUGGUAUUAGGCCAAUAUAUUUAAGAAACCAGACAGAAAACUUAAUUAUAUAUACAUUUUAAAAGACCCCUGCAAAAAAACCACAAAACCCUCUCCAAGCUUAUUACAGCUAGGAGAGACCUAUUAGUGCUAGUGGCAUCAAACUUUUGUCCUGAAUUGGUACACCUCAAAUCCAUAUGAAAUCCAUUUGAAUGAAAAUCCAUUGGAAAUGCCAUUUCAAAAAUCCUACAGAGCCAUAAAGCAGUACUCAAAUGGCUGUAGGUUUUCUAGCACAUAACUAAUUUUUCAGUAUAGACAUGUUCCCAUAUGGAAGGAGGUUAUCUAUAAACAGAACCAGAAUUUAAUGUCACAUUAAAAUUGUAUAUCCUGUACGAUACCAGGUGUUGCAAGUCUGAGGCUUUUCAAAAUGUAUUGCAAUGCUGAGAUCUGUGAAUUCAGGACAUCAUAUGCACAUAACGCUACUUACAGUAUCAAUAAAUCCCAGCAGGAUGUAUAUUGGUGAGAUACUGUAAUGUUAACUGUUCCAUGAAUCAUUCAGAGAAGUGCAUCAGUAGUCUGAUAAUGCACAGUUUGGCACAGUGCAUGACAAGAGAAAAAUGUGUUAGAAAUGAUUCAUUUUAAUUUUCUAAAAUCCUCUAUUUCAGAACGUGGACAACUUGUGUUCGCACUAUGAGCAGAUAGAGCAGAGCAAAGAUUAUUUAUGUAUUUCUGUUAGCAUUUUUAGUGCGUCUUUUAAAAAUUAAGUUCAGCAAUUUUUAAGUAAUCUGUAAAUUGCUGGGUGGUUCUUCCUGCCACUGAAAAGUUUCUUGUUAAACUUUCAGGAACAAAGCUAUUUUAACAUCCUGCUUCACCUUAACAAAACAAAGCCAGCAAUCCUAAAAGAUUUACGUGUCUUAUUGCAGACAAUGAUGCUACUCAUGUGAGUAAAAUUCAAAUGUAUAUGUGAGUGUGCAAGAAUAGGGCCCAAGUCAAAAGUAUUGACCAAGUCGUUGGAUGUUUAUGAUAGAAAAUGAGGGAUGAAGUUGUGGGAGGAAAAAAACCCUUGUGGUUGUGGCAUACUUAAGUUCUUGUGGCAAAAGAAAAUGGUGUAAUUUGAAACUGGUAAUUUUUUCUUCUAGCUGUCUCUAUUUUUUCUCCUUUGCCAGCUUUGUGGCGUCUCACUUGCCUGCCUUUUUUUCAGGCAGAUAAGAUGCAUUCAAGUGUUAACCUAAUCUAAAAAAACUAAAUUGUGAACUCUAUUGCAUUAAAUGUCAUCUGUGAAAGGUUACUGAGUGCACUGGUCACUCUGCAGUGGUUGUACUAGCAGUGCUGUCUUCCCUGCACUGUUUUACUUGGUACUGCUAUUAAAAUUACUUGAUAAUUUUAACUGAA